CUCUUCCUCAUUCCCAUCUUCUUGUUCGUCCACAGUCCACAGUUGUUCGUGGUCCCGUCUUCCGCUUCUACACCAACGCGCUGCACGCACCUGCAGAGCCUGCGCUGCAUACCGAUUUCUUGACUGAAAUGCGGUGGACGGUUUCGUUUGAGGAGCGAGCAUCCUGAUACUAUUGCUACCAGACCCGAACAAAGAAGCGAGGACAAGUAGAACCCCUAUCGAACGAACCUUACGACCGCGAACAGAGACAAAAUGCCCAUCUUCGACGCCAGGGACAUCGUGUCCUGGCAGGGAGGCGACAACUCCUCUGACACGGUCAUUGGAGGCGUCCACUUCAACCUGUCCGCCCUCGAGCACUGGAACUACACCCUCUAUUCCAAUGGCACCAUGUCCAACGGCUCAUCCGGCUGGUGUCUCUUGACCUUUCCACCCUACGAGCCCCAAUACGUCUUCCCCAAUGGCAGCUUCAUCAACAUGACUUCUUGCUAUUCGCCUGUCAAGCCCAUCGGUACACGAGCCUAUAUUGGCAUCGCCCUCGCCGCUGUCUACGGCGUCGCCCUGAUGUUCACCCUCCUCAACCUCGCCAAACACGGACGCAUGUUCCUCCCCGUCGAGAAGAGAUUCCGACCGGUCGGCAGGAGAUGGCAGUGGUACUGGAUGAUCGCUAUGAGCGCCACCGGCUUCAUCAGCCUUAUUGUCAACAUCGACGUCGACCGAUACUACCUCCCCCAGAUUCCCAUCGUCAUUACCGCCUUUUUCUGGAUGCUGCUGAAUCUGUGUACAAUGGCUUGCGUGUGGGAGGCUGUCAGACACUGGGGCAGCUGGAUGGAGAGGCAGUAUAUCGACCCCGACCCCUUCGCCCUGGCGAUGGACGACAGAAGGGCCAAGUUCGAGUUCUGGGUCCCCCUCUUCUUCUAUCUCUUCUGGUGGCUCGACUUUUUCCUAGUGGUUCCUCGCAACUGGGGCAAUAUUGAACUGCAGCGCACCCCGGAGCAGACCCGGACGGUUGCUGCAGCUGGUGCGACGGACGGUCGCUUCAAAGGAGGAGCAUGCUCGACAUCUGAGUGAUCAAUUCCUGGAAAAUGAACCCUACACCACCACUUUAUUCCUUCUUUUUAUUUUUUAUUUUUUUUUAUAACAAGACGACAACACGAUCAUUUCAUGUUGCACAAACUGGGCAUUCAUAUAGGCCGACAGCGAAUAUUGGGACACGCUCAUUUUGCCAACCCUUCCAAAACGGCUCCAAGGUGGAACAAGCCAGGCGUUACGGUUACCAGCAUGAUUACGAAGAAAAAACAAUCUAGUGGCACUUGGACACCGAGUUAGAUAGGAGGUUAUAUACCUCGGCCCAAUAGUUCUAAUGGAUAUUCAAGAGCAAAGAAAGCC